UCCAUCUAUCUAUCUAUCUAUCUAUCUAUCUAUCUAUCUAUCUAUCUAUCUAUCUAUCUAUCUAUCUAUCUAUCUAUCUAUCUAUCUAUCUAUCUAUCUAUCAUUUUCUUGUCCUGUAUGAGAGAAUUGUUUACUCAUAACCUGGUUGGCACUCUGUCAGAUUCCAUUUAGGAAAUAAGUACACACCGUGUGACGGACUGAAUGUCUGUCUAUCUAUGCACACCUGGAAUCCAGAAAGAUAAAAUAAAAGAUAAGUCAGCCAUACAUAUUUAUCACAUCUCUUUUACUCACACACAACACUUGAGGAGUUACCACAAAUCUGGCCUGGUGAUGGAUCUCGUUUGGAUAUUUUGUGGUGGAAGCCUACAGUUGUUUUACCAGUUUGUGAACAUACCAUUUGCAUUUUUGUUUUGUUGUUUAGCCAGACAAGGACAUCUCUCAAUAAUCAACAGGUAUAUCUAUCUGACUUUGGGAGGAUUCAUCCUCGCCAUUGUAACAAUGGGUCCAUACAGCUUAUUGCUGUUCUUCAGUGCCGUCCUUCUCCUCCUGCUGAUCCACUGUCUACACCCAAUGCAUAUUCAUCAGUGGACGCUGGGACUGCAGAUGUGUUGGCAAACCUGCUGGCAUUUGUACAUCCAGUACCAGUUAUACUGGCUUCAAGAAACACCAGACUCUAGGCUUUUACUGGCCAUAUCCGCUCUCAUGUUGAUGACCCAGAGGGCUUCUUCUCUGUCACUUGAUCUGCAGGAAGGAACACUCACUAGUCCGUUUCAAAACAAAAGUCAGGAUCUAUCUGUCCUUAUUUCAUUUCUAAGCUACUCACUUUAUUUUCCUGCUCUUCUUGGAGGACCACUUUGCAGUUUCAAAACAUUUGUGGAGUCUGUUAGGCAAAUGAGUCUAACUCCACCUUUUGCUUCAUAUUUAGGGAAUCUUACUUUAAAGAUAUUGCAAGUUGUAGUUUUGGUGUGGAUUAAAUAUCCUCUCAAGGAACUCUUAACAUCACUCUUAACAUUUAGAAACAGCACUUACGUUUGUCAAGAUAUAUUAUGGAUCUGGAUCCUGUCGCUGCUACUUAAGAUGAACUAUUAUGCGCACUGGAAGAUCAGUGAGUGUGUUAACAGUGCAGCAGGAAUAGGUCUCCAUGGUUAUGGUCACAGUGGAAGAACAUCAUGGGAUGGGCUUUCUGAUGGCAGUCCAUGGGUGACUGAAGCGUCGAGUCGUCCUUCAGUUUUUGCUCGCCAGUGGAACAGAACCACAGCAGUGUGGCUUCGAAGAAUGGUAUUCAAAAGGUCCAACAAAUCUCCAUUGUUCAUGACAUUUGGGUUCUCAGCGUGGUGGCAUGGCCUUCAUCCAGGGCAGAUUUUUGGCUUUCUCAUCUGGGCCUUCACUGUGCAGGGGGACUACAAGCUACAUCAAUUCUUGCAUCCAAAGCUUACCUCCCUGUGGAGGAAAUGGCUGUACAUGUGUCUAAACUGGGCCUUUACUCAGCUGACCAUUUCAUGUGUUGUUGUCUGUGUGGAACUUCAGAGUUUAGCAUCAGUGAAACUGCUCUGGUCUUCAUAUAUCACUGUGUUUCCACUACUGAGUAUUCUGAUGAUUUUAAUCCUGUGAGAAACUCACAGUACCAGUGUAAAUUAUAUGUCAUCAAAUAUCUCAUAACAUAUGGUAAACACAGAAGCUUAUCCAAUCUUACUUGACCAGCCAAACUCAUCGGUACUCACACGUCAGGAAAGUAUUUGAGCUUUCAUUUACCAUAUUUGUUGUUCUGCCUGUGUAUGUGCAUUGAUUUUUGUUCAUGUGUGAAUAAAAGCCUAUUAAAUCUGUUCAUCAAAUAAAGUGAUCAUGUUUCUUCAGAAGACUUGGAUUAAAAUGCUCGAUUCAUGGUGGGAUGAUGGGUGAAAGUUUUGUUUUGUGUGAGCUUAAAUGGACAAAAACGAUGAGAGAAUAAUAAAAUCAUAUCAGGUUUGUAACGACAUGAGGGUGAAUAAAUUAGAACAGCCUUUUCAUAUUUGGGUGAACUAUCCCUUUA